AUGGUCUGCCUAGUCUGUUUCGAGUCACUGUUCAAGGUUCAAGGAAGCGAUGUGUUUUUUGUGGACAAAAACCACAUGCUUGGAGAGCGUCCUGCGGCACUCUCAUGUGGCCACGUAUUCCACAAAGACUGCGUCGAAGAAUGGCUGAAUGUUUCUGCCACAAAGACAUGCCCCUUCUGCUCCGAGCUUUCAACAAAUAUUGCACAGCCUCUGUUUAUAGACAUAGAGGAAUACGAUGUCGAAUGCGUAUUUUUAACAGAGACGUCCGGCCAAAGCAGCGGCAUCCAAAUUGCCAAAGGCUCCCUUGCCAUGGAGAUGAACAAACUCGCUGCCGAGUUUUUGCAGGCCGCUGACAAUAACGCUGACCAGGGCAAAGAUGCCCAACUUUUGGCUGCCGAGCAGAUCAGUUUGAUAACUAUGCAGAUGGAUAAGCAGUCGCGCGAAAUAAACAAGGCAAAUUCAAAUAUUGAGCACUUCACACGCAGAAUUGAUCGCCUGAGUGUCUCGCUGGAUAGGAAAAAGCUGCUUGUGAAGAGUCUUAGAAACGAUUCGAAUCUCAGGGACAAAGACGUCAAAUUGCUCGUGACUUCCCAGCCAACCAUUCAGCCAGCCAAACCAGCCAAAUCAGCCAAUGCAAACAAGGGCAAGGGUAAAGGCCAGUGGAAGGCCAAGUCAAAGUUCAAGGCUGGAGGCAAUGUUGGCAUUACCAUUGCCGCCACAAAGUAG